GCGGGACAGGCGCGGCCCCGCCCCUCCCGCCCCGCCUCGCCUCACGGGCCGGAAGGGGCGGGGCCGGGCGUGACGUGGCGGGAUGGCGGAGUCCUACGUGAAGCCGGGGAACCAGGAGCGCGGCUGGAACGACCCCCCCCAGUUCUCGUACGGGCUGCAGGCGCAAGCCGGGGGCUCCCGCCGGACCCCGCUCACCCGCCGGGCCCCCGCCCCGCCCGCGGGGGCACCCCCAGGUGCCCCCCCGGAGCCGCCCAGUGCCCCCGCAGACCCCGCAGCGCCGCCGCCCCGGGCUCUGGGGCCGCCCCCGCAGGGUUCUGUCGGCGCUGCCCCGCGGGCCGAGGGCCGGCCGAGCGCUGCGCUCCCGGAGCAGGAGGAGUGCAGCGUGUCCGCCGACACCGUCCUCGCCCCGCUGAGGGCAGCCCUGGACUCCUGCCGGGCCACGGUGCAGAAACAAGUGUACAAUGACAUCGGGCGGCGGCUGACAGUGCUGGAGGACGCGUGGGCUCAGGGGAAGCUGUCGGCACCAGUGAGGAAGAGGAUGAGCCUCCUGGUGCAAGAGCUUCAGCAGCAGCACUGGGAUGCAGCCGAUGAGAUCCACCGCUCGCUUAUGGUGGACCACGUGAACGAGGUGAGCCAGUGGAUGGUGGGCGUGAAGCGCCUCAUCGCUGAGACGCGGGACCUGCCCACCGGAGAGACGGACGGCAGCGCUAACACCGAGCCCGCGAGUGAGCCAGAGCAGGAGGAGCCCUGACACCAGGGGCGGGGCUGUGGACUGUGAGCGGGGCAGCCCCUGCCCAGGGCCACCGGCAGGAACAGAGCCCCUGCUGCUGGGGCACCCCCUCUGCCUCCCAAUCCUCAUCCAGGAAAAGGGGAUUUUAAUCAUUGCAACAUUUUAGUGGCGAUUCAUUAUGUUUAAUAAACAGCACCAACCUGCCCCCUC